UUCGCUCUGCCCACGGUGGUUGUUUUUGAAAAGAAAUAGCAGUUGGUCAGCUUAUCGUGCAGUUCAUUUUUGUGCAUUUGUCUCCAGGACACACCCAAUUAUACGCACUCACACCCACACACCCACACAAAACAAUAAGCAACAUGUUCCGAGUGUUUGUUAUUGCUGCGCUAGCCGCCGUUGCUGUCGCACAGAAUCCGGACGCCGAUGCACAGAUCCUGAGCUCCGACAGUGCCGUCAACCCGGACGGUUCGUACUCCUGGAACUACGAGACGAGCAAUGGUAUCCGUGCGCAGGAGGAAGGUGUCGGUGGCCAGUCGGCGCAGGGUUCGGCCUCGUGGACGGACCGUGACGGUACGCCCAUCCAGCUGACGUACGUCGCGGACGAGAACGGAUUCCAACCGCGCGGUGAUCAUCUGCCCCGCGAAAGCCCAGUGCCGGCCCAUGUCCUGAAGACGCUCGAGUUCAUCCGUGCCAACCCGCCGAAGGAUGAUCCGAACUUCAACAUUCAGGCUCUGGAGGCUGAAAUUGCCAGACUGCAGGCCAUCCAGUAAGGUGGACAAAUAGCGCGGAAGAGACACUAUUCUUCAUCAGUCAUCGGGAAGCGGAGAGAUAGUUCGAGGGACAAGGAGAUAAAGCGGACAAGUAAACAGUAAUAGAGCGAGAGAGGGAUAGAGAGAGAGGAUAGGGUGUGUGGAGGAACGCACUAACGCGUGCGGAUUAGCAAUAGAACGAGAUUUUGUGAAGGCGUUUUCGCUGUGACCUGUGCACAUACUCAUGCAGCAACACUAGAACAGAAGCACACGACCAAGCGGUCAAGAUCAGCAGCUUACCAGCAGCAGAAAGAGUUGCGAGUGGAAAGCGAAAACGAGGUGAGAACGGGGGCAUAGGGAACACACUCCAAGAAAUACCCACCCUACACACACACACACACAAACACAUUACACAAACUAAAGCAGCAACGAAAGGGAAAGGCAACAUCCAACCGGAAGGGAAAGCCACAAACGAACCAUCAGACGUAAGGGAGCAGAACCACGGCAUCCCUUUAUAAUUCUCUUACAUCACUACUUACUGCGAAGCUGUAACACUUUUGUACAUAAUUUUGACUAGUUCAUUUACAAACGUCUGUAAAAAACAAACAAUCGAAUGUGCAGUGUUUCAUUACCUUUUUUGCGCUUUUUGCUAAACUUUUGCUGUACUAUUUUUCUCUUCCUGUUGGAUCUGAUUUUUCUGUUUCUAAAACUUUAUUUUUGCGAUAAAAUUUAUCAUCUUCCGUUGAGUGUAAUAUUGGGCGAGCGAAGAAAGUCAAUUCAAUGUGUCCAUAAUGUAGUGCACAACACUGGACGUGCUGUCCGCUGCAAAUGCCACAGAUCUGACGAUCGUGAUCAUUGUGUGUUGCCCAACACACCCCGCCUAAGGUUAGAGGUCGUCUGUUCGUCUGAGGCACCACAGUAGAAGCGGCAUCUCUAGCAAAACCAUGAAAGCGAUGCGUUAAACGCAUCCCGCAGCCAAUGCCAAGCAUAGUGAAACCCACCCCAAGCGAGGGAGGAAACAAACCAGCGAGAAAUAUAAUCGUACCGUCCAGCCACGAGACGUGAGCG